CAUGUGAUCUCGCCCGAAAAAAUUAAUUCCUACUUGAUCAAUUAUUGUUGCCAAAUUCUGUUCCAACGCUAACCAACCUCGGCCUCUAGACCAUCUCCCAGCUGUCGACAAACCACCACCGGGUGGGGGAGUGGUAUAAGCCUUGCACAACUGGUGUUCAUGCCUCAGCAGAGAGCGGUUGAACUCGAAAACGGGCGUUCGGAAGAACAGCGCUGAGGAUUACAAAGUAACAUUUGUAUAGGCGAGGUUUCACUCCCUUGAACCUCGGGUCGUCGGUUCGACGCCCGGGCUUCUCGGAUAAGUUUUUUGACUUUUUGGUCCAUGGUCAAGUCUGUUGUUUUUGGUGCCCAUGGGCAGCGUGCAAGGCUGUGGCUGCAGUGCCAACGAGGCUGUGACUCUACAAGCCUCUGAUUGGCCGCGCCGAGCCACUGCCUCAGCCUUCUGUCUUGAACUGCAGCCUUGUCAGUCUCCACAGACUUGGACUUUUGACUUCAGCCAUGUAGUAAGAACAUCCCAGUCAACCCAGUUUCGCACCAUUUCAUUGAUUUUGACAUUCACAUAAAAACGCCGAUUUGAUGCAUCGAAUCCAUCAAUACAAACACUGACUGCAAAGCGUUUUAUGACGCCUCUCGUCAGAGGCAUACAUAAGAGAGGGUCUCCUAGAAGCGACAAUAUGCUGUCCAGGCGACAAUGGAAUGCCUCUUUUUAGACUGAAUGAGAAUGAGAACUCGGUGCGCCACAUAAAGGACUUACUAAAAUAAUACGGCUCCCCUCUACAACUUGAACAUGGCACCGACGCAGCAUCCGUCAUCUAAAAGCACAUCUUCGACCACUCGAGCGACCAAAUCUCGUUCGAAACUCAAAGCUCUCAAGGCCGGCAGGCCACCUCUUAUUUCAACAGUUAAGGCGAAACCGAUCGCAAAGUCAUCUACGACCACAGCUACCACUACCACUACUGCCGCACCGGCACCAGCUUCGGCAUUCAACCCUCGACGAACGUCGCUCUCGUCCAAGCACACACGCGCUCUGAUCCGGACGCACCACGUCCUGCAGAAACGGCUGGCACGUGCCCGUGCAGACAAUGACGUCGAGCAGAUACAGGAGCUGGAAGCGCAACUCGCCGCGUCCGGCGGUCUGGAGACGUACCAGCUCGCCAGCACGGUAGGACAGAGCGCCGAGCGAGGCGGCGACUCGAGCCGCGUCCUUGUGGAAUGGCUGAAGCCGGAGAUCGAGGCGCGAAAGAAGGGCAGCUUGAGCCGCAGUAGCAAGACACGAGCGUCCCCUACAACAGGUCAGCCACUGCAGCCACUGCAUGUACUGGAAAUCGGAGCGCUCAGCACCACCAACGCAUUAAACAUACCGGAUAUAACGCGCGUGCGACGGAUCGAUCUGCGUUCGUCGGGCCCCGGCAUCGAAGAGGCCGAUUUCAUGAGUUUCCCACUUCCAGACUCUGCAGACGGGAGCGGCGAAUGGGAGGGCCGGCGAGGAUAUGAUGUGAUCAGUCUGAGUUUGGUGUUGAACUAUGUGCCUGAUGCACAAGGACGAGGCGAGAUGUUGCGACGGACCAUAAAGUUCUUUUCCAUCGCCAAAGAUGACGGUGGAGACGAUGGUGGUGAAGAGGAGAACAAAUCCCAGCAGUCACGACGUCUUCUACUACCUUGCCUCUUCCUGGUCCUGCCGGCCCCGACGGUUCACAACUCGCGGUAUCUCACCGAGGGCCAUUUGACGGACAUUCUCUCGUCGCUGGGCUACAGUCAUCUCGAGACCAAGACCACACGAAAAUUACAUUACAGUCUGUGGCAGUACGACCCUGAUCGCCAGAAAGAAUGGAUCGCCCAGGGCGGUAAAACAGUGUUUAGGAAAAAGGAGAUUAACCCGGGUGGAGGACGCAACAACUUUUGUAUAGUGCUCGACUGAUGAUUGAUCCAGAAACGAAAGACACGAAAAGGCCGGAAGCGCAGGAUAUAGCCUGCCAUGCAGUGGCAGUGGCCGGAAAGAGAGGUUCUUUUGAUCUGUUUUGAUUUUUUUGCUGGCCGCAGAUGAACAGAUUCUUAGCAGGUUUUUAGUAGUAGUCGUGCUUAUGAACUUGUGAUAAAAGCCAUGUUAUGAGCGAUCACCAUCUUUCUUGC